GUGAAAUAGUAAGAUUAAAGCAUUGCUAAAGCUCCGUAUCCGCACACAUACGAGCGCGCGCGCACACACGCGCUCACAUACAGGGUAUACUGUGUAUCCUAGAAACAGCACAGCUUUACUUCGUAUACCCGUGUUAGCAUGUUGGGUUUUUACCGUUAGUUAAUAGGCCGCGGUAUCAUAAUAAAAGCUAUAGGUUACUGUUAAUGAAACAGCUACCACUACCUGCCUUUCUUUCUCUGUCUUCAGAUUUCAUUUGAUUUUGUGCUCAGAAGUCUAUAAUGGAAAACGUUCAUCUUGUGGCGGAGGAAGAAGAUGAUCUGUAUUCAGGUUACAAUGACUAUAAUCCCACAUUCGACUCAGAGGAGCUGGACAAUGAUGUUGGCUUUCAGCAAGCUGUGAGGACGAGUCAUGGCAGACGACCACCUAUGACUGCAAAAUUUCCUGGCACUGCUGUCGGAGGCAGAUCCAUAGGAACGUCUUUUGGUCUACGAACAGCUAUGAGUUCCUCAAUGGGAAGGCCUAUGACUGGGGCAGUGCAGGAUGGGGCUGCUCGUCCCAUGACUGCAGUGCGAGCGGCAGGAUACAAGUCCUCUUUGACUAGAGGCUCCACUUUUGAUCCACUUGGACAAUCAAGAGGUCCAGCUCCUCCAUUAGAAGCAAGAAAUGAAGACACGCCAGAAGAGAAGAUUAAGAUAUUGGAAAAGAAAGUGAAUGAUUUGAUUGAGGAGAGCUGUAUGGCCCAUGCAAAUGGUGAUCUUCAGCUGGCUCUAGAAAAGGCCAAAGAAGCUGGCAGAAAAGAAAGGGUGUUGUUGAGACAAAGAGAACAAACUGGCACUGCAGAUCAUAUCAAUUUAGAUUUAACCUAUUCAGUGCUGUUUAAUUUAGCAAACCAGUACGCUAACAAUGACAUGAACACAGAAGCCUUGAACACUUACCAGGUCAUUGUGAAGAACAAGAUGUUUAACAAUGCAGGACGGCUGAAAGUGAACAUGGGUAAUAUCUACUUUAAACAGAAGAACUACCCCAUGGCACUUAAAUUUUAUCGUAUGGCUUUAGACCAAAUCUCUAACGUUCACACAGAGAUGAGAAUUAAAAUCAUGCAGAACAUUGGUGCUGCCUUCAUAAGCAUGGGCCAGUACUCAGAUGCUAUAACCUCCUUUGAGCACAUUAUGAGUGAGAGUCCCAACAUCAAGACGGGCUUCAACCUAAUUCUAUGCUACUAUGCCAUUGGAGACCGUAAAAUGAUGAAAAAAUCUUUCCAGAAGCUAAUCUGUGUCCCCCUGGGCAUUGAUGAGGAAGAAAAGUUCAUCACUUUAAAUGAUGACCCCCAUGCAAGCUUACUGAUUGAAGCCAUCAAAAACGAUCAGCUGCGUCAAAUGGAGCGAGAGAGAAAAGCUCUGGCUGAGAAGUACAUCAUGACUUCAGCAAAGCUUAUUGCUCCAGCUAUUGAGUCCACUUUUGCGGCUGGUUUUGACUGGUGUGUAGAUAUGGUGAAAGGUUCUCAGUAUGUGGAACUGGCCAAUGAUCUAGAGAUUAACAAAGCUAUCACCUUCUUGAGACAGAGGCACUUUAACCAGGCAGUGGACACACUGAAAGCCUUUGAGAAGAAAGACAGCCGGGUGAAGAGUGCUGCUGCUACCAACCUCUCCUUUAUCUUCUUCUUGGAGAAAGAUUAUGACCAAGCUGAUCGCUAUGCUGAAUUGGCCAUGAAUGCUGACCGCUACAAUCCUGCUGCUCUCAUUAAUAAAGGCAACACGGUGUUUGUGAAGCAAGACUAUGAGAAAGCGGCCGAGUUUUAUAAAGAAGCACUGAGGAACGACUCAUCCUGCACAGAUGCUCUUUAUAAUUUAGGGCUUACCUAUAAGAAACUGGGGCGGCUGGAAGAAGCUCUCGACUGCUUCUUGAAGCUCCAUGCCAUCCUUAGGAACAGCACUCAAGUUAUGUAUCAGCUGGCCAAUCUAUAUGAAAUGUUGGAGGAUCCUCACCAGGCUAUUGAGUGGCUUAUGCAGCUGAUCAGUGUCACCCCCAAUGACCCUCAUGUACUGGCCAAACUGGGAGAGUUAUAUGACAACGAAGGCGACAAGUCACAAGCCUUCCAGUACUAUUCCGAGUCUUUCAGAUACUUCCCUUCAAACAUUCAUGUCAUUGAAUGGUUGGGAGCAUAUUAUAUAGACACACAGUUUUGUGAAAAGGCAAUUCAGUAUUUUGAAAGAGCAACACUCAUCCAGCCAAAUCAUGUUGUAUGGCAUUUGAUGGUGGCUAGCUGUUACAGGAGAAGUGGAAAUUAUCCGAGAGCUCUCGAGACCUAUAAGGACGUUCACCGCAAAUUCCCUGAAAAUGCAGAAUGUCUACGAUUCCUUGUGAGGUUGUGCACAGAUAUGGGGUUAAAGGAAGUACAGGAUUAUGCCACCAAACUCAAAAAAGUGGAGAAGAUGAAGGCGAUCAGAGAACAGAGGGUGAAGUCAGGGAGGGAGAGCAGUGCUCGAAGCCGGAGAGAAGGCAGUGCCAGCAGUGUGAAUCAAAAAGAGAGUAGUCCAAAGACCAUGCACAGCCCCUCUAACAAAAUCAGUGAUACGGAUAUCAGGCAAGACAGUGGACAGAGCAGCCAUGGUGCAAGUGCUAAAGGGGAAAGGCUAGGUGUCAAGCUGAGGUCACUUCCAGGAGCCCAUGAACCUUAUGAAGCAAGCACCCUGGCGGACACUGAUGCUUCUUAUGUUGACCCUUUGGGGCCACAAACGGAAAGACCGAAGACUGCAGCAAAGAAACGCACAGAGGAAGAUGAGUUCGCAGACGAAGAGUUGGGGGAUGACCUACUGCCAGAAUGAUGGGCUAUUUUUGUAUUCUGCUCUCAUCAUAUGUAUUUAGUUAACAGUUUUCCUGUAGUAUGUAAGUGAGCUUAAUGUAAAUAGGUGAAUGUCAUAUUUGUAUGAAUUCAAGUUUCUUAAACAGAAUAGGCUUGUUCCGGUUAGAUACGCAUAUGUGUGUAUUAUAAAGUGUGUAAAUCACAGAUGUUCAUAAAUUCAUACACUAUAUUGACAAACGUUUUGGGACAUCUGCCUUUACAUGUACAUGAAUGUAAUAUGGAGUUGGCCCGCCCUUUGCAGCUAUAACAGCUUCAACACUUCUGGGAAGGCUUCCCACAAGGUUUAGGAGUGUGUUUAUGGGAAUGUUUGUCUUGAGUUCCUUUCAGUGGAACUAAGGGGCCGAGCCCAACCCCUGAAUUCAUUGAUUUGGAAGGGUGUCCCAAAACUUUUGGCAAUAUAGUGUAUCUAAAUG